GUAGCGCCUCAUCACGCCGAUAUAAACGAGAUUAAAACUCCUUACGUGGUGAUCGUAAAUCAUUGCCAAAUAUAAACCACCCACCCUAACCUGAGUCACGUCGCAUAUUUCCCAGUACCGUGAGGGCGAUCUCGGUUGCACGAGAGGAAAUCAAUAAAUUUCAAUAAAUCAAUAUUUUACCGUGCACCCUGCGCUGAAUAUAUCUGCUGCCGCCAUUUCGAUGAUGACGACGUAUUUUUUGUGAGAGAUAUUCGAGUAGCGGAGCGAGUUGGUUCGCCGCGCGGGGUUGCGGGCUGCGGCCGUCAGUCGUCGGGUGAGCGGGGUGCGACGUAAACGCGGUCUCGGACUAUGGCGGAAGGGCUGAUCCUCAUUCCCAUAAAAGGGUCGAGUUGAUCGUGGUGCAGAUACGUGUGAUCUCCCUGCGCCCGUCAAACGGAAUGCACUAUGAAACAAAUUAAAGAUGGCUUCUAAGUAAAUAUUAUACAUUGUUAAAGAUUUGUUGUAUUAUUCAUGGAAUACGAGAGAACACUUAUGUAUACAUCAUUGAAAUAUUGUUGAUACGUUAGCUUUUAAGCCAGGACUAGUAUCGAUCAUAUCUUCCGAAGAAGGAAAUAUAAAGUAAAGAUGGCUACGCAAAGAUUUUGUUUAAGGUGGAACAACCACCAAACCAAUAUGUUGUCAGUGUUUGAUCAGCUACUACACGCAGAAACGUUCACUGACGUAACGCUGGCCGUAGAAGGCCAAUUGCUUAAAGCGCAUAAAAUGGUUUUAUCGGCUUGUAGUCCUUACUUCCAAGCCCUAUUUGUUAAUCAUCAAGAAAAACAUCCUAUUGUUAUCUUGAAGGAUGUUCCUUACUCUGAUAUGAAAAGCUUGUUAGAUUUCAUGUACAGAGGGGAAGUCAGCGUCGACCAGGAGCGUCUGACGGCAUUCCUCAAAGUAGCUGAAAGUUUAAGGAUAAAAGGACUCACAGAAGUCAAUGAAGAAAAAUGCGAUAUUCCCGCAUUAACAAACUCGUUAAUACAACAACAACAGACCAAUACCUCUGCACAUACUCCGCCGCCUCAGUUACACAGAAUACAUCCAUACAUGCACCAAAAGAGGCCUGCGUCAGGAAUUCCGAGUGGAGGGGCACCUCCUAAUUUACUUAUGCCCUUAUUGGGUAACGCUUUAAUGCAACCGAAACGGAAACGAGGUCGACCCAGGAAAUUGAGUGGAAGCUCUAGUGAUGCCCUAAACACAGCCGCCAGUCCGCCGGGCGAAUUCAUACCGGAAUCUGCGUCGCAUACAUCUUCAAACAGGGCGGGAGAUCAAUUGGUUCGUGGCUCACCGUCAGAAAUGUUAGAAGUUAAGAUGUCAAUGGAUGGAUUCAAUGCUGAAGAUGGAGCUACAUCUGGUGGAGAAGAUGGAGGGGAGACGUUAAUGAUAGACGAGGGCGAUGAUGCUCAGUCCAACGAGGCUCCGACGUCGGGCAAAGAUUCGGAAUCAGCAGGUCGUGGUACGCCUGAUUUUGAAAAAGACAUAAAAUAUGUGCAAUCGCCGACAAACGAUGGCCAAGGAAAAAAUUAUAUAAAUCCUUCGACACAAUCUGCAUCCACCUCGAAUGAAUAUCAUAACGAUUCCAUUAAUAAUAACACAUUACCAACAGGAGGACAAAUGCAAAGACCAGCCGUGAGAAGGCGUAUAAGGAGGAGAGCGAAUUCAGCGUCCAAUGAUCCUGCGGAACAAUUAACGGAAAUGUCAGUCCGGGGCCUGAAUCUAUUCAGGUACGCUUCCGUGAACGAGGGCGUAUACCAAUGCACGGAAUGUGCGAAAGAGAACAUACAGAAAACUUUCAAAAACAAAUAUUCAUUCCAGAGGCACGCCUUCCUCUAUCAUGAGGGCCAACAAAGGAAAGUAUUUCCUUGCCCUGUCUGCUGCAAAGAAUUCUCUAGGCCUGAUAAAAUGAAGAACCACAUGAAGACUACGCACGACUACUAUGUGCCCAAGGACUGUGUUUAUCCACCGAGUGCUUUCUUUAUGUUACCUGGCAUUGAAGGCCAGCUACCUCCUGGGAUCAAACUGGAAGCGGUUGGAUCAGGCUCGCCUCACGGCUCAACACCUUCACAUUCUUCUCCUGAUCCCACACAAGCUUAAGAUGAACUUUGUUUCGAGUAUUACGGAUUCCAUAUUAUCAAUAUUAAUUUGAAUCGUAAAUAUAGUGCCUUCGAAAACGCCUUUAUAUCAUAGUUAUUCUUGAAAAUAUAAAUCGUUAGAGUUAGAACCUCUAGAGUUCAAUAGUCAUAGUAUUUGUUCUAUUUUUGGAGUGAAAUUUUAAUGAACACUUUUAUUAUAAGUAUUUCCAAUGAUACUGUUAUGCAUUUAAUAUCUAAUGAUUGUUACAUAGAGCUCAUUGUUUUUACAUGUAAAAGUAUGGUUGUGCAAAUAUUAGACAAUAAUUUACACAAUUUAAUGGAGGCCAGUUACGCAACUACUACGGCGUAUUAAAUUUUAAUUGUUACAUUUACUAGCAUUAAUAGGUGCUUUGCAAGUCUGAAAUGUGCCUUCCAAUCGUUUUCUACUCUUGACUUUUAAACCUGUUGUUUCAAAUAUCCUUUUUAUUCCUCUUACUACUUAAAAUAUAUCGCAAGACACCGACCAAAGACUGUACCUAAUUAACAUUUAUUUGUCUUCGCAAUACAUUUUCGAAAAAGAAAUGAGAAUAUUUAAAUUAUGAGACUAUGUCUCUAGCUAACUUUCAACAUCAACAGGAUUUUUAUGUGCUAAACUGAUUUUUUAAAUAAUGUCUCUUGAGGUAUUUUUAAAUAUUGUCUAGGUUAGUAAAGCUAAUUGCAACAACCAGAAGAAAAUAGCAGAAUAAUGAUAAGUGAAAAUAUUAUUGGAAAAUUAUAUAUUAUUACCUACUAUAUUUCAAAGAUUUCUUAUUCAAGACUUUAUAAUAUUAUAGUGUUUCAGUUUUAGUGAGCCUAAUCAUACGAUACAUAUUUAAAUCGUUACGGUCGACAUAUAUUGUUAAAGUAAUAGAUCAAAAUGUAUACAAUAAAUAUGCUUACGUAAAAUAUAGUGCCAUAGCGCAUAUGUUAAUGUUGUAUAAAAUAACGUGUCCAUCUUUAUCUGUUCAUUUUAGGGCUUAGGGUAAAGAAGGUUCUAGGUCACCUAGAAUCCGAGAAACGACAAUCAGCAGUUCUUCCAUUGAUAAGGGAAAUAAUUUGUUAGAUGUUAUGAAUAAUCUCCACGGAUAUAUUUUUAAGUUCUCGUUUAAUAGUUAUUAUAUUAUAAGAUUAUAUUAGAAAGAGUUUUGAUAACACGAGCAAUUUCUUUUAAAACUGUAGAAUUAUAUACAUAGAUUUUAGGUUUAUCUACUUAAAAUAUUAUUGAGUUUGUGUUUAAAUUUAGCGCACAAUUUUAAGUUUAUGUAAGGUUGAUAGGUUCAAGUUGCUGUAUAUAUUUAAGGAUAGACUUGAAUCUUUAUAGAUUUUAUAGUUGCCGAUAAGGUAUUAACAAUUUUGAAGUGUGAUUUUUAGAUAGAUGUACCAGCGCCAGUCAAUCGCACAAAAUGAAACCGUUCUAGCGUUGUACCUACGUUACAAUUGCGCGUAUUGCCGAGACAGUCAUAAUAUGAUGACCAGCCUUGAUUUUUUUGCGUUUUGUUAAUUUAAACGAGAUACCGUGGUGUUUAUUUUUGCCCUUUUCGUGUUUUAAAUACCGAUCAUUACUAUACUUUUGCACUCAGCAUUCGCUCUAAAGCCCACCGGUUUAACUGUUUCUCUGCAGUUAGCACAAAAUAGAUUUAGCCAAUUUUCACAAACUUUUCUACAAUAAUUAAAGUCACAAAAAUGCAACUUUUCAAUUGCCA